AUGGCCGAGUCGUCCUCUCUCAAGGCUCCCGCUCCUCCCGUCAACAGGCGCCGCAGCUCGAGUGUCACCAGUGCCCUCAACGCAAGCCGCACCUCCCCGCGCCAUCGUAUCGUCGUGCCAGUUCUACUAGGCGAGAAUAAGACUCUGCAACAGCGAGGGCGCAAUAUGCGAUCGGCUGCCCCCGAGUCUUACGAGCCUUCUGUUGUUGCUACCAUCUGUCACAUCUCCGUCUGCCACUUCCUCCACGUCCCUCAACGCGUCCAUGACUCUGACUGUCAGGCAAAUCCCGCUCAAUGGGCAGUCCGCCAAAGUCGAGAAGACCUCGGUCAGCGAGGUCAAGCCGCUGCCAAAGAGCGCCCCUCGUCCAGACCCUGGAUCCUCAUCGACCUCGGCAUGACGGGUCCCAUCAAGUUCAACCCGUUCAAGUACCUGCUGUUCCCCUGCAACAAGCAGCCCAAUGGCAAGUACACGAAGGGUCUCGGUGACCUUGCCUUCAUCGCCUACUACAUUGUUUUCUGGUCAUUCGUCCGUCAGUUUGUCACCCUCUACAUUCUGCGUCCGAUGGCCAAGCGGCUAGGCAUUCGCCCGGCCAAGGUGCCCCGCUUCACUGAGCUCUUCUACUUUGGUAUCAUGGGUGUUGCCGGAAUCGCGAGUGCAGCCAUGCAGGCGUCGCUGACCGCAGAUUGGAAUGAGCCACCUCCCGACCUGGUGGUACAAGACCGAGUCUACUACCUCAUGCAGGCUGCCUACUGGUGCCAGCAGACGAUCAUCCUCGCGCUCAAGAUUGAGAAGCCCCGUAAGGACUACAAGGAGCUCGUCGCUCAUCUCGCCAAGUGCGUCAACUACUGGAACGACCCCGCGUCGACGCCGUUCUUUGCGUUCUUCGUUGUUGUCUGGACCUACAUGCGACACUACCUGAACAUCAAGAUCCUGUGGGGCGUGUACAAGUACUUUGACCUGAUCCCUGUCGACCAGCGCACUGUCUGGGAGCCGUUGAAGGACAACUGGAUGGUCUGGUGGAUGAAGUGGCAGAUCUUUGCUCCGAUCUUCCUUCUCCAGUGCAUCAAUCUGUUCUGGUACUUCCUGAUUUGGCGCAUUCUCAUCCGAGUCAUCUUCUUUGACAUCCGAAAGGAUGAGCGCUCGGACGAUGAGGACGAGGAGGACUCUGACCCGCCGAAGCAGGUGGGCGACGCCGACAAGACGCAGUAA